AUGGAAAAAGAACAUAGUAAUAUGAACAGACUGGAACGGCACCGUGAUGACACCAAGCAGUAUCUUGAUAGCCACCUGAGUCCAAAAGAGCGCUGGGUAAGGUCACCUAGUUACGUGAGAAACUAUGACCAACGCCGUGAUAAUAACUGGAAUUCUCGCUGGGUUCCCGGUAGUAAAGAUUCUGAAAAUUGGCGUGAAAGGUCAACAGAUUCAGAUAGAAAAGAUGAUGCUCCCUGUGAAGAAGUUUUUUCUCACAGUACAGGUCAUGGGAAAGAAAAAGAUGGUAGCAAUCACGAGAAGGUUAAUGAAAGGGACAGUAAUAUUUCUCGAUCGUGGAACUCCAGCUAUUUUGCGAGCCGUGGUGCAGGAGGAGGUACAUCUGAUCAUCUUUCCCCAGAUCCACAGAAGUUAUCUGCUUCAUUUGGACACAGUAGCUAUGGGCAGGAAAGUGAUAGCCCAAACUCUACAAGUUCUCACAGAAGGUUUACAUCUGUUACAAGCAGAGUCAAUAGUCGAUCUUCACACCCAUUCCAUCUUGGUGUACUUUCUGACAGGCCUGGUGGCCCAUCUAGAAACUCUGUGAGAUAUAGCAGGAUAAAAUUGUUUGAAAUAUACAGAACAACUUAUGUUAGAAACUUUGUAAUGCCGAUAGAUGAUAUUGAUAACGAUGAGAUAUCUUCAUUGUGGCAAGAAGAUCCUAUGGAUCCUUUAGCUCUCAUUGCACCUAAUGCUGAAGAAGUGGUGAUUUUGAAAGGAAUUGAAAAAGGAGAUAUCACAGACAGUUUGGCAAAAGCUUGCAAAGAUGGUUCUGAUGACAAAAGUAAUCCAGAUGUGGUGGCAUUAGAACAAAUGAAAUUAAGUGGAAGAGAAGAUCAGACAGGAAGCAGUGAAGAUUUCAGUGGUGAAAUGACCAUUGGUAUCAGAGGAAUUCUUGGGGCUGCACAUUUGAGCGAACACUUGAAGUCUGAGAAACCUCCUCCAAAAGAAUCUGAGUCUAUUGGUGGUGGUAUCCAUGGGCCAUGUGCUGAAUUUGGACAUCAGCGCAAUGUCUUGGACCAAGGAACUAAAGUUGGUGAAAUGGUUGGUGUAGGUGAAAAUGUUAACCCAGAAAACCUCUCUCUUUACUACAAGGACCCAAAAGGGUGCACCCAAGUUCGUGUUUCAAGUGCUCCCUGUGAUUCUCCUUUCUUAUUACUUGGGGAUGUCAUGCCACACUUACAGGCAAAGGUAAGGGUGCCUCCAGGCUUCAGCAAUACCAAAACAAGAAGUAUGACAGAGGCCUUACAUCUAGGAUCAGCGUAUCUUGGAACAUCUGAUUGUGUAUCCAUAAACAAGAAUGGCUGUGUAACUGAAGCUGAAAAUCACUUUCUAGAGUCUCCAGUGUCUAGUAAAACCCAGAAUCCCAGAGCAGAAACUAACGUUGUUACUGGAGGUAUGAAUGAAUGCUGCCGCAAUACAUUUGGCAACCACUUUGUUUCCGGUGAUGAGAAAGUGAAUAGGAUAAAUCAUCUUGAAGUACAGAAGGGGUUAAAAAGUCAAGCACCGGCUGCUAAUUCUGGAUUGUCACUUUGGUCAAAUAAUGUUGACUCUGGAAAUCUGCAAGCUGGUAUGUGUGGUAUAGAUCUUGCUCAACAGGAUCAACCUACUUUGGCUUGUUUGAACUCACAAAUCACACAGCCAGAAAAGUUUCUCAGUGAAAUAUCUCAUGAUCCUCGGCUAUUAAACAACAAUCAACAACAAUAUCUGCCAUCAGAGCUACACUUGCAACCCCUGAUGCCUGGAGUACCUCAACCUCAAUACUCUCUAUUGAACAACACGCUACAGCUCAGGCAGCAGGAGCAACAGCAACUGCAACAACAGCAGCAACAUAUUUCUCAGGCUCUACCUCAUGAUUGUUCCAUGCAGCAGCUUUAUGAUCCUUCCCAUGGGAGAAGACAUACUUCAUUGUCAUCUAGUGACCAUAUGAAGCUUUGUCUUCAAAGAACACAAGAGAUUCUUGAACUUGCUCAGAAGUUACCUGGUCAUGGUAUGCAUGAUCUACAACUACAUAAUCAUGCAAAUGUGAAAUUGAGAGACACGGGAAUUAUUGGUUUGUCGGAAAGUUGGGCUCCUGUUCUAGCUCUACCACUGCCCCAUGAAGUGAUGGGUCAUGCAGCUUGUAAAGAAUGUUCUGCUAGUCUCACACAGGGCUCUGCAGUUGUUGAUGCUCCUUCACGGAAAGAAAGUAUUGUAGACUUGCCAUCUAAGAAAACUCUGAGUUCUGGUUCUAACGAGUAUAGCAAGGUGACUGUUUUUGAAGCUAAAGGUUUUCCUCAAUCAUGUCAAGGUCUUGCAAAAUCGGAAAGUGUCGUGUCUCAUAUCUCCAAUGAAGUUCAUGAAAUGGAAAUUUCUUCUACCCAUCCUCAUUCAUGGAAACCUACUCCAGGAGAGGAACUGGUAAAGUCGAAUGAUAAAGAUGCUGUUAUCAUAAAUAGCGCUGAUGAUACAUCUUUUCCUCCUCUGGCACCUUCUGUUACUCAGUCUGAUGCUCAUCUUCUUGAUGGUGCUGAUUUCAUUGAGUUCAAGGGCACAAGAAAGAUAAGGAACAGGGGGGAGAAAUCCAAAGGUUCUGCAGUUAAAAACCCAGCACCACUUGCAAAUGCUAUACCUGGCCCAGCUACUGACGCUGCACUGGUACGUGAAUCAUGUUCUCUGAGAAAUAUUCAGAUGGAAGAAGAACAGGAAUCAGGUAAUCUUCAGCAACUAGUACCAGCAUCAUCCCAUGCAAAACGGCCUAUGGACCAGCAUAGUCAUGGGAACAAUUCAUCCUGGCAAGGUUCUGAAUCACCUCCAUUGAGGGGUAAUGAACUCCUCAAAAUGACUUCUCAUGUUUCCAGUCACUCCACUCCUAAUUCUGAAGAGGAUCUGUUUUGGGAGUCUUGUGAGCAUGCAAAGAAAGAUAAUCCGGGACUCCAAUCACCUCCGAGCAGGGCCAGAGCUUCCAUGGUCAAUACAAGAUCUGCUGCAUUGGACAUUCAGAAGAAGGGGAAGAAAGGUAAAAAGCUGAGCUCGUCAGCUUUGGGGUUCAAUGUUCAGAGCACACGUAUCAUGAUGGGUGAGAUCGUGCAUGCUGACGAGUAG